UCUGACCCCUGUUCAUUAUUUUAUUAAACCUGUUUGCAUGUCGCUAUAUGUUGAAUAUGCUGCAUUUAUUUUGCCGUGUAUUAAAUCUGUAUUGAUGGCACUUUAUCUGAUCUCCCUGCAGCCUGUUGUCGUUCAUCCGGCUGAUGGUGCUCUGUUCAUAUUUAUUUGUCAGAAUAUCGCCCCGUUUGGAGUCUCUGUCAGAAACGUGUGAUUCCGUCACACGUCUAAUGAAGACCAAUAUAUCUCUUUCCACAGAAUGAACGGAACCGGCGAUGGGUUCUUGUCCUUCGUCCUAGUGGGAAUACCUGGACUGGAACAUCUUUACUUCUGGAUCUCAAUCCCUUUUCACUUUCUCUAUAUCCUCACAGUCUUUGCAAACUGUACCCUGAUAUUCAUCAUUAGGAGCGAUGCCUCUUUGCAGACCCCCAUGCAUGCCUUUUUGGCCAUGCUGGCGAUGGCUGACCUUUGCCUUUCCUUCUCCACUCUCCCCACCGUUCUGGGGGUAUUUUGGUUCCACUCUCUAGAACUUCCAUCGACCGCGUGUCUCGUUCAGAUGUACCUAAUCCAUUCCUUCUCCGUCAUGGAGUCUUCAACUCUCCUAGCCAUGGCCUAUGACAGGUUUGUGGCCAUCUGCAACCCCCUGAGGUAUUCUUCCAUCUUCACCAAUUCUCUAAUCACUAAAAUAGGUCUUGUCACUGUGACCCGUGGCCUGGUCCUGCUGCUCCCUAUCCCCGUGCUGCUCAGUGGCUCCACUCCGUGUAAGAGUAUGGUCUUAUCCCACGCGUUCUGCUUACAUCCUGAUGUCACCAGGCUCCUCUGCUCCGCCUACAAGACCACUAACGUGUACAGCAUUUUCGCCGUGCUGUCUACCAUGGGCUUGGAUGCGCUGUUAAUUAUCCUGUCCUACGUACUGAUCCUAAAGGCGGUUUGCCACUUUGGCUCCAUGACUGAGCGCUGGAAGGCUUUGCACACGUGUGUGUGCCACAUAUGUGUGGUGCUUUUAUUUUACAUGCCUAUGAUCAGCUUAUCAAUAAUUCACAGAUAUGGUGCAUACCUGCCCCAAAACAUACAUGUUCCUAUGGCAUACCUGCACUUCCUGCUGCCUCCUGCAUUAAACCCUAUUAUCUACGGCAUCAAAACCAGACCGAUCCACAGGCGCAUCGUGCAAAAAAUAAGGAGACUCACAACAGGGAUAGAGGUUAGUACAUAUGAGUAG